AUGUACUCUCCCAAGAUCAUAGUACCUUCAGCACCCCAUCAUGAUGGCAAGUCAGACUACUUCUCGCCCACAAGCGUUAGUACCAACCACUAUCAUCAGCAAUUGAACAUUGAAUCCAUUCGCCAGCAUUCACUGCAAGACGCCAUACGCUUGGCUUCUCAGGUCAAUAUGAAGCAUGAUGCCAAUGGUUGUUACGGCUGUGAUCUAGCUGCAGGCUACUACAUGACUGCAUUGAAGUAUGCUCGGGAAUCAGAACCUAUCCAAUGCAACAGUGAUCUGUUUGAUUUAGCUUUACAAAUGACAAAUUUGGUGCUUUCUCACAGAGAAACAAACAGGUACCAGUACCUUCAUUGGUUUGACUUGAUUACUGCAGAGCUUUGGGAAUUUGCCAAACAACUCAAGGAGGAAUCAUAUGAAUGUGAUGUCCAUGUUCCAGUAAUGACAACUCUGGGUAAAAGAGGCUCUAUCGAUUCAUUGGCAAGCGAUAUAAGCGGCAGCAGUAAUCAUGACGAUGAAAACUAUCGCAGGGCAAUUCGCAUUACUAUCUACAACUGUCGUGCUUUGGUGUGCGAGCAAUCUAAUGAGGUCAAUCAGGCAAUCAUCUAUUACCGCAAAUGCGCCUCUGUGCGACCUACUCCUUUUGAACCACAACAACACUUGCAACAGACUGCAUUGGCUACAAUGCAACGCCUAAUGGAAGCAUCGAGACCGUUGAUAAAACAUAAAAAUACCUUUUCGUCUACAUCUACCUUUGAUUCAUCUUCCUCGUCUUCGACCACUUCUUCGGUUUCCUCAUCUAACCCUCAUACAGUUACUUGCUCCAAUUGCGGCAUUGAAAAGCUAGUGAUGCCUGUGUGUGCUCGUUGUAAAUCACAGCCUUACUGUAGCGUGAAAUGUGUCAAGGCCCACAAGUCAGCCCAUGAAGCCACUUGCCAAUCAUCCCAUUAG